CAAUAAUUAAAACCCAUCCCCCAUCCCUCCCCCCUUUCCUUCCCUUAACCCCCCUCCCCCGCCCGCCCGGGCUGGGGAGCGCCAGGAAUUGACCAAGUGAAGCUACAACUUUGCUGCAUAAAUUGCGGGGUCCGGAACCAUGUCGCUGACCAACACAAAGACGGGGUUUUCAGUCAAGGACAUCUUGGACCUUCCGGACACCAACGAUGAGGAAGGCUCUGUGGCCGAAGGGCCGGAGGAGGAAAGUGAAGGGCCGGAACCCGCCAAGAGGACCGGGCCGCUGGGGCAGGGCGCCCUGGACGCUGUGCAGAGCCUUCCUCUAAAGAGCCCUUUCUACGACAGCAACGACAACCCCUACACUCGCUGGCUGGCCAGCACCGAGGGCCUCCAGUACUCCCUGCACGGGCUGGCGGCCAGCGCUCCCCCCCAAGACUCCAGCUCCAAGUCCCCAGAGCCCUCGGCUGACGAGUCACCGGACAAUGACAAGGAGACCCCGGGCGGCGGGGGAGACGCAGGCAAGAAGCGGAAGCGCCGAGUUCUCUUCUCCAAAGCACAGACCUACGAGCUGGAGCGGCGCUUCCGGCAGCAGCGGUACCUGUCAGCGCCCGAGCGAGAGCACCUGGCCAGCCUCAUCCGCCUCACGCCCACGCAGGUUAAGAUCUGGUUCCAGAACCAUCGCUACAAGAUGAAGCGUGCCCGGGCCGAGAAAGGUAUGGAGGUGACACCCCUGCCCUCGCCGCGCCGCGUGGCAGUGCCCGUCUUGGUCAGGGAUGGCAAACCGUGCCACGCGCUCAAAGCCCAGGACCUGGCAGCGGCCACCUUCCAGGCUGGCAUCCCCUUUUCCGCCUACAGCGCGCAGUCGCUGCAGCACAUGCAGUACAACGCCCAGUACAGCUCGGCCAGCACCCCCCAGUACCCGACAGCACACCCCCUGGUCCAGGCCCAGCAGUGGACUUGGUGAGCACCGACCCUCCAGGACUCGAGGCCGUAGGCCCUGGCCCCACCCCAACCGCGGCGGUGGCGAGGAGGACUCGAUCCUUACCACGGUUGUUGUUAUUAUUAUUAUAAUUAUUAUUAUAGCGUUGAGUCGACGCUCGGCUCAGUUGAGGAGGCACCGCGAGGUUGACUGUGUCUCCUCAGAGUGGCAGAUUCCAUCUCCUGACUCUGCCCCAUCCCUCCCUCCUUUGAACCUUUGGAGAGGAUAGAACUCUUAAAUCGUGUUUACAGAAUGUUUGCGCAGCUUCGCUUCUUUGCCUCUCUCUCUGAGGGGACCAAACUAUCCCAACGUUAACGUCGUCACUUGAAAAGAGAAAGGACAAGCCCCAUCCCCCGCACUGCUUUCGUGAAUUUUGUAAAAUAUGUUUGUGUGAGUAGCGAUAUUGUCAGCCUCUUAAGCAAGUGGAGAACACUUUAAAAUAUAGAGGAUUUCUUUUUUUAUAUAAGAAAAUGCAAAAAUAUUUAUGGCCAUGUACAUGUUCCGACAACUGGUGGCAGAUUUCGCUCUUCGUUGUAAAUAUCGCUGGUGACCGUUGCCAGAUGACCUCCCGGAUGGGCCUGUAUCCCCAUCAGGUCUAACUCUCCUUGUCCUUUGUUUUGGAUGGGUUAUGUUUGAGUUGCCUCCGUUUUUCUUUUUUCUUUUUGUUUUAAUUUGUUCAGUGCAAACAUUUUUCAACUAUAAAAAGGAAAACCUGUGUAGGCGAGACAUCCCCCGGCCCCAUUUUCCGGAUCCUGAGCCCUGGAGCUUGAAACUCAGAAGCUCCGAGUGGUUCCCCAAGAGCGCCGGGCGCUAAAAGCUUUCAAUUUUUUUAAAUAAGAAUUUUAAUAAAAAUCCUGU